AAGAGGAAGCUUGUGGGCCAGCAACCUAGUUCUGCCUGUGUUACAGAGAAGAGAAACUGCUAAGGAGAUGAAGCCCUUGACCUUGUUAAUAGAGAUUUUGAUAAUUCUUGGGCUCACAAUGAAAAAUAUUGAAGCAGAAAGAAAUAAUAAAAGACAAAAAGAAACAAAUGUCACCACACAGGUACCAGUGAACAAAGUCAAACAAAUCUUAUCACAUAUACUGGAACAAAGAAAAUUGAGUAAAUUAACUGAUAGAAGAGAAAGUCUCUUAGAAAAAAAGAAAAACCAACAUAAAUUUAAAAUAAAAGGAAUUGAAAAUAAAGAUCUCCUGAAGAGAAGUAAAAAUCAUUUAGAAACGCAAGCCAAGAAAAAUGUCACAGAUGAAGGAGAUGAGCUAUUUAAGAUGGGCAUCAAGAUUCUCCAGGAGUCUAAAAGCCAAAAGCAAAAAACAGAAGCCUACACAGUUUUUGCCAAAGCAGCUGACAUGGGAAAUUUGCAAGCUAUGGAGAAAAUGGCUGAUGCUUUGCUAUUUGGAAAUUUUGGCAUGCAAAACAUAACAGCAGCUAUCCAAUUAUAUGAGUCCUUGGCUAAAGAAGGAUCAUACAGAGCCCAAAACGCAUUAGGAUUUUUGUCUUCCUAUGGAAUAGGAAUGGAAUAUAAUCAAGCCAAGGCACUUAUAUACUAUACCUUUGGAAGUGCUGGAGGAAGCAUGAUGUCCCAGAUGAUUUUGGGAUACAGAUAUUUGUCAGGAAUCAAUGUUCUACAGAAUUGUGAAGUAGCCCUAACUCAUUACAAGAAAGUGGCAGAUUACAUUGCCAACAAAUUGGAGAAAAGUGAAGGUAUUCCAGUGGAAAAAGUGAGACUAACUGAGAGACCUGAAAAUCUGAGUUCUAACAGCGAGAUUUUGGAUUGGGACAUAUACCAAUACUAUAAAUUUUUGGCAGAAAGAGGAGAUGUUCAGAUACAAGUAUCUCUUGGACAAUUACAUUUAAUUGGGAGGAAAGGUCUAGAUCAGGAUUACUACAAAGCAUUGUACUACUUCUUAAAGGCAGCAAAGGCUGGAAGUGCAAAUGCCAUGGCAUUUAUAGGAAAGAUGUAUUUAGAGGGAAAUGCUGCUGCACCACAAAAUAAUGCUACUGCCUUCAAAUACUUUUCCAUGGCAGCCAAUAAGGGCAAUGCAAUUGGUCUUCAUGGACUUGGUCUUCUUCACUUUUAUGGAAAAGGUGUUCCUGUGAAUUAUGCCGAAGCACUGAAAUACUUUCAGAAAGCUGCAGAGAAAGGAUGGCCCAAUGCACAGUUCCAGUUAGGCUAUAUGUACUACUCUGGCUCUGGAGUAUGGAAGGAUUAUAAGCUUGCCUUCAAAUAUUUUUACCUGGCAUCUCAGAGUGGACAGCCCCUCGCCAUUUAUUAUCUAGCUGAGAUGUACGCAAAGGGAACGGGAGUGCUAAGAUCAUGCAGGACUGCUGUGGAGAAAGGGCUAAAGUUCUCAAAAAAGAGAAGAUGUAUCCAAUGGCACUUCUCCUGUGGAAUCGAGCUGCCAUUCAAGGACAUUCACUUGGCCCGGAGACUAUAUGACAGGGCUGCUCAAACAAGUCCAGAUGCUCACAUACCUGUGUUCUUUGCCCUCAUGAAACUGGAAACCGUGCAUCUGCUCCGAGAUGUCCUGUUCUUAAAUUUUACAAUGAGAUGGAAAUGGAUGAACUUGGACCACACCCUUGGACCACACUGGGAUUUAUUUGUGAUUGGUUUAAUUGUUGCCAUGCUGAUCUUCUUGCUUAGAAAUCGUCAUAGGUAGGCUCUGAAUGAUCAGAAAACCUACUCAUGUGUUAUUCCAAGCUACCCUCACUAAAUAAAUAAUUUCCUCAUCCAAAUCAAG